ACAUUGCUUCUUCUGUGCGACACAGUGUUGAAUUUUAUGAUGUGAUGACGUUUUAUCAGAUGUUGUAUUCGCAUGAGUGCUUUGUUUAUUGAUUUGGCUAUGACAUGAAUGUGUGCUUUAUUAUGUAUUGUGUCAAUAAAAUCAUAUCAUGUAUCGCUGUAAUAAGGGGUCUUAAAGUGACAAUGAAACAGAAUAAACAACAUCACUUAGUGUAAUAAGACUUUCAAGAUUACAUUCACACGGAAAAAAACACACUAUGUCCAUUUCAAAUGUUUUUUAAUCGCUACAAUUUUGUCAUGAUCACAUGGGUCCUUCUGCUUGUGUGUGUUUUCUUAGGUAGCCUGUUAAAAUGCCCGAUCUCAGUAUUCGCCUUUUUCCAAGAUGGCGUCGAUGAGGGAGAGCGACACCGGCCUGUGGCUCCACAACAAACUGGGUUCGACAGACGAGCUGUGGACACCAUCGAGCAUCGCCUCCCUACUCACAGUGUCAGUCAUCGACAACAUACGCCUGUGUUUUUCCACCCUUUCGCCUCCGGUGAAGCUGAAACUUCUGCUUGGGAUGCUGCACCUCCCGCGCAGAACCGUGGAUGAGAUGAAGGAGGCUUUGUCAGAGAUCAUUCAGCUGGCCACAGUGGAUUCUGAGCCAUGGGUUUUAAUGGUGGCCGAUAUCCUGAAAUCCUUUCCAGAGACAGGCUCACUAAACCUGAACCUGGAAGAGCAGAACCCUAACGUACAGGACAUACUUGGAGAGCUACGCGAGAAAGUAAAUGAAUGUGAAGCGUCAGCCAUGUUGCCUCUGGAGUGUCAGUAUCUGAAUAAAAGUGCUUUGACUACACUGGUGGGGCCGCUCACUCCACCCAUUAAGCAUUUCCAGCUGAAGAGAAAACCCAAGAGUGCUACGCUCAGAGCUGAACUGCUGCAGAAAUCCACAGAGACGGCCCAGCAAUUAAAGAAGACAGCAGGAGUGCCGUUCCACUCCAAAGGAAGAGGGCUGGUGAAAAAGAUCGACACUACGACUCCACUGAAGGGAAUUCCCAAAGCACCAUUCCGCAGCCCCACUACCCCAAGUAUGUUUAGCCCUCCCAGCAACAGAACUCCUAUCGCCCCUGCAUGUACACCCCUGCGCAAGGAGAGGGGAGUCAAGCUGUUGGAUAUAUCUGAGUUGGAUAUGGUAGGAGCUGGCAGAGAAGCCAAGAGGAGAAGAAAGACUGUGGACACAGAAGCUGGAGAGAAGGCUGCCAAAGAAGAGGCCGUGGUGGAGAAUGCAACACCAGACUAUGCUGCUGGCUUGGUAUCCACACAGAAACUGGGGGCACUAAACAGCGAGAGUGCCAUGCCGUCAACCAGCUACCUUCCAGCCACCCCCAGCAUGGUUCCCUCCUCGUCGUAUAUUCCCAUCUCAGAGACACAGCCAGCGAAUGCAGGUGGUUCAGGGCGCGAAACUACAAACCGGCAGUCCGAAGAGUCGUCCACACCCAGUGCUGCUCCUGCUUCACUACCUAAUCAGUUUAAACAGCGACCGCCCAUGUAUAACGCCAGCACUGCCAGUCCCACCGCCCCUACUUCACCCACCACGCCAACCAGCACACCCACCAAUAAUGCCCCGCCCCCUGCUGCAACAGCCGCACAACAAGACAUGCCCACACAGCCACUCACCACCGCACCCACACCAGCGCCUCCACAGACCCAACCCAAAAAGAACCUGUCGCUCACGAGAGAACAAAUGUAUGCCGCGCAGGAAAUGUUCAAGACCGCAAACAAAGUCACACGGCCAGAAAAAGCCCUUAUCCUGGGCUUCAUGGCAGGAUCACGAGAGAACCCCUGUCCAGAGCAGGGUGACAUCAUUCAGAUCAAACUGAGCGAACACACAGAGAUGCUACCCAAAGCCGAUGGAACCGGCAGCACCACCAUGCUGGUGGACACAGUGUUUGAAAUGAACUACUCUACCGGGCAAUGGACCCGCCUCAAGAAAUACAAACCCAUAACCAACGUCUCCUGAGGAGGACUGGGUUAACAAACUCACUCUCCUCACACGCAAACACACACACACACCUGCUCGGUGCGGUACAUAGAAACAUAUGUAUACAUUCACAUGCUCCUCUUCAUCUGAGGAGGACUCCUUUAAAAACACAUGUAUAAUGUUCACAUGCUGGACUGUACAUGUUUAUACGGGCCAAAUUUUGAGGUAUCGGGAAUUGUAGUGGGGGAAUUUUUGGAUAUUGGUUUCGGACAGGUGCGAAGGACAUCCUGUUUCGAUGACCUCACAUUCUGUUUGUUCCUGCAUUGCCAAAGACAGGGACUCUCUUAUAAGACAGUUGUUUUCUUUAUCUUUUUGUUAACAUUUGUACUGUUUCUCGUUUUUAGGCCUAUUUCGGAUUUCCUAGUGUCGGGGAAAUGUUGCAAAAUUGAGGCAGGGCUUGUUAGUUUGUGUCUUAACCUACUUUGAUUGACACGUGAUUACAAGAUCUUAAAAGUGAAUCAGUGAAUAUGUUGGGAAAAUAUUUUCAAGUUCCUCCUUGACCAAAGGGCAGAAAAAAGAAAACUAACAAAAAAAGUGAAGUGUAAAACUGGUUAUUUUCUGUACAAAAUGUUAAGAAUAUUACUUUUUAAAAGGAGGAAAUAAAUGAAAUUGUCCAGAUGUGUUUAGUUCAUUGCCAAACCCACAGUGGAAAUAAUAUUGGUUUAUGUUGCAACACAGAACCACUUUCAAAAACUCUUUAUUUACUUUAAUUACCUGUUCGUUCUGGCAAGAAGUAAAUUAAUUUGAGCUUUUUGUCUAAAACAAAGUCAUGGAAGAUACUGUAAGAAUUCCUGAUUAUGAACAAAUGUUGAAAUUAGUUGAAAGAUUUAGUAUAGCACCAAUGUUCUGAUGUGAUUCACAAAAGUGUUUAGACAGUGCAAUUUCUUUGUACACAUAAGGUGGAUGUUUUAAAAUGAUGUCUUUGCACGAUUGUGUUCUUCAGAAUAAUUGAAAAAGUAGUUCUGCUCAUCUGGUAUUGAUUUCAGCUUUUAAGAAUUACUUGUUCAUUUUCACUCUUAAGAACAUUCAACACAACUUUAAUACCACAGUAUGGUUUAUUAUUAGUCUCUGUUUUGGGAUAAAAUCAUGUAGAAAAAGAUACAAAUGCUUAUGUCUAUCAUUUAUCUACAGAAUUGUUUUAGAUUUACAUUUAAUUGUACAUUACUACAAAAAAGUGUUAAA